AUGGCAGGAUACGUUAUCUUCAAGGGCAUCUCUCCGACCAGCUCCUCCCACCGUGACUCGAUCAGGUCCAUAAUCGCCAUGGACUGCUCGGGGGUGGCGAGCGACGAGAGGAUCGCCACACAGUUGCCCAGUGCAAACCACCGGAAGUCCAUUCUGGCAGGGCUGAUGUUCCCGAUGAAGUAGCCGCCGCGGGUCGGCAUGAAGUCAAACACCCAGUCGGGGAUCGAGUCAGGGAUGACGUUGAAUUUGUUGACUGCCGUGUGGGAGUACUCCUCGGUCUUGUAGCGGUAGAUGUCGUUCAGCUGUUGGAAGUCGAGCCAGAAAUAGCUGCGCAUGUGAAAGCUCAAGGCAUGCAGGCGCUUGACGAUUCUCUCCACGAAUUCCUUGCCUUCGGCAUCGUGCUUGAGCAGGGGCAGCGCGGACCUCAGGGCCAUGAAGAAGAGAGCUUGGAUUUCGAUAGGAUAGCCAUAAAUGCCCUGGCGAAAAUUAGAUUACCAUCAGAAAAUCCACGUUACAAGAAGGAUUAUCUUGAUGAAAAAAAAGUCAACGAAAUAAUCUGCUUUUUUUAUUGUAGCAAAUGCAACACUCGAUCAUCGAUCAUUCAUUCCAGUAAGGAGGGAGAAAACCAUGAAAACUGUCUGAUAGAUUAAAAAAAAUACGAGGAUGUGCGUUAUCAGCCUAUGAUAUGUGCAUAAUUCAUUGAUUUGCUUUCAUCUAUGCAUCAAAUAAUGUUGUCUUAUAGAUAAUUAUGAAAUGACUGUCUCAGGGGGAAGCUACUAAAUUUUAAAGGUAAGACAGACGAGAUAUGGGAACGAAACUGAAAACCUUGUUGACUAACACUACACUUCACGUCUCUGGCCGUACUGACGACCAGGAGGAACCAGAACCAGCUUGUUCUGGUUCUGGGCUGCUCCUGUCACACAUGCUUCCGCCAGGUUAUCUGGUAAAAUAAUGAACUAAACAGCUUCUAAUAUCCUCGACUAAACUGACACUUUUUGCUCCUUAAGAGGGAAUGCGAUGAUCGGAUCUGUGGUUUGAAACCACAGAAAGAAAAAAGAAAACUGUGUCACAGAGAAAGGAGUCAGGAAAUCACUUGUUUCCAACGCAUAGCCCUUUUCUGGAUGAUACAUAUAUACGAUAAUGAAUUUUUUUUGGCUUUAUUAAAAAAAAAUGUAUCCUUAGAGAUAUUUCCCUUGCUCACGGUGUUUCAGACUCAUAUAGUUAAUAUUUCCUCAAAUUACUAAACAAAAAUAGAACAUGAAUAGUAAUUUUGUAGAAAAUAAUACGGGUACCUUUACCCUGUUUUCUAUUGCUUGUUCCCGUGAAUUGCACAUAGAUAUCGAAUUUCAGAGCUAGUGGCAUCUAGGAUUGAUUCUUUUUGAGUAGUACAACUACAAAAAAAGCUUAAAAAACCAAUAAGAGAAUAUUUAUAGCCAGAAAUGAGGUAGCCACCAACAAAAUAUCUCCAAGGCAUUCAUUUAAUCGAGAUACAUGAUUUCCGGAGGUCUAGAUGGCUCAAUUAUUACGUUCUUUGUAUGAAGAAAAACGUAGAGGAAUUUUUUUUUAUGAAAACUGUGAGGAAAUAUGAAUUUGUUGUACAACAGCAACAGCAUACCAUUCUUCGAUCAAUCAUGGAGCAUCCAUCAGCACAGAGCAAGGUUGGGAAGGUAUCGAAGCCCUCUGACAAACAUAAGGUGAGUAUAAGCCUCAUGCCCUUCUGGCAUUCAGGAGUCUCUGCUAAUGACAAAUCUCCCGUGGACUUUGUAUAAGCACGGAGAAGGAUAAUCCACCAGAAUCCAGAGUCAACGGGCGCAACUCUUCCAAUCGCGCUCUCACCAAAAUCAGCAAUAAGGGUGUCCAUUUUUCGGACUGGAUCGUGCAGUACUUUAAAGCUAGCAGGCAUGGCACCUUCUCCGAGCUGGAAACGAUCAACUCUUUUUUCCCAUCCUUGAAGGUAGAGCGUUUUCAUGAGAAAAUUUUUAACUAUAUCAGGCUCACCAUUCAUAAGAAAUGCAAGAGCGCUGGGUACAAAGUCUCGAACAAAAACCUGCGUUCAGCGUCAUUCUUAGCAAGGAUGAAAAUGAUAGUAAAAAAAGAUAAUAAUUGGCCGCAUGACUCUGCCGGCAAAUUCUCUUGUUAAAAACGAUUAAAAGGUAGCAGAGCGGUUUGUGGGCGAAUUGAGAAGGAGUUUGUGCUCACCUGAUCAUAAUUUAAGACCUCCUCUGCUGCGUGAUCGUAUGCAGCGAUAGUCCCAACUGGCUGAUCCCGGAAAAAAACCAGGGACCUCCUGAGAGCUUCCCAAGCGUCCCCAAUCAUAGGAUGCGGCUCAAAUGAGUACCGCGCAGACGAAGCUGGGGUGUUGAACCCCGACCGCACCGCCUCCCCGGGAGAAUAA